AUGCAGAAGCUUAUGGUGAACAGGGGAUACGAGAGCAGUGCGGUGAAGCAGCCCAACAUAGGAAACAGCGGAAAUGAAGAAGACGGAAGUGGAAUCCGAAGCGGAAACAUAGAGAACCGAGACGGGUUCAUAGAAUCAAUUUUUAAAAACAUAACGAAGAAUGACUACUUCAGUGCAGGCGUUGGAAUCAUCUCAGUAGGAGCAUUCGUCACAGUAGCAAACAGGCUAAACAGCUACAUCUAUCAUGCAGUGAAAAAAAAUAUGUUCACAUCUCUAGAAAUUACAAUCAAUGACAACGCGUAUUAUUGGGUUCUAGAAUACAUCGUAAAGAAGGGGAUAAUCAGUAGACACCUCAGCUUAAAAACGCAGAUGCAAAAUGACAAGAAUAAAAAAACGGUAUUAUUUUCCUUCUUACCAAGCAUAGGAAAUCACCUACUCAUAUAUGAUAACAGAUUUAUAUUCAUUGAGCGAAGUAGAGAAAAAAGCAUGACGUCAGAUGUGAACAGAUCAGUCCCAUUCGAAAAUAUAAAACUCAGCACAUUCAUAUGGUCCAGAAAUAUAUUUUCAAAAAUAUUAACAGAUGCCAAAUUGCAUAUCGAGAAAAAGGAGGAGGGAAAGACUCUACUAUAUAAAACGUUUGGACAUGAAUGGAGACCCUUUGGAACUCCGAAAAAUAAGAGGCCUGUACAUUCUGUGAUCCUUCCGGAGCACCUCAGUGAACAUAUAAUUAAUGACCUUGACACCUUUCUCAAUUCCAGCAAAUGGUACAUUGAAAAAGGGAUACCCUAUAGGAGGUGCUAUCUACUUCAUGGACCCCCUGGCUGCGGCAAAAGCAGUCUUAUUGCUGCGCUCGCUGGUCACUUCGAUUUUGACAUUUGCACCAUUAACGUGAAUGAUGUAUACUUAACCGAUGACAGAUUUAUACACCUUCUUGCCACCGUCCCUCCCAAGACCAUUCUCAUUUUGGAAGACAUUGACUUUGUCUUUCCCGGCCCGAUGGAUGCAAAUGAGAAGGGAGGCUCCCCUAUAGAAGCGUCAUCUCAUAUGGAAGCAUCUUCCCAUAUGGCAACUUCCUCCCCCACAGCAUCCACCAUAUCCAAUUCGCUACUCAACAGUGGUAACAUCCGAACGCUAGGAGUCUCCUAUAGUGGACUUCUCAACGCUCUGGAUGGCAUCGUCGCAACGGAGGAAAGGAUCAUUUUUAUGACCACAAACAAUAUAGAGAGGCUUCCAAGUACGCUUAUUAGACCAGGUAGGGUAGACCUAAAAAUACUCAUACCAUAUGCGAACACAUAUCAGUACAGAAAAAUGUUUUUACGUUUUUUUCCCCAGCAUGAGGAUCUGGCCCAGGAAUUCGCUACCAUAUUUGAGUCUUUCCACCUGAGCAUGGCUGAAAUUCAGUCCUUCUUUCUUUUUUCAAAACACGACCCGCAUAAGACCAUUCAUAAUGCCCGGCACUGGGUGCAGACCUACGCGAAAAAGAAGGCGGGGGGACAGCAGGGCUGA